CCGUUUUAACAAGCGAGGAACUGAAGUAGAUCCUAUAGCUGAGAUUAUGGGUGUCUUAUAACUAUUUUCUCAUCUAUUAAAUCAAUUAUAUGAAUUUUGAAGAGUUGGAUUUGAAAAGGGACUUACCUCAGCUCAGAGACCAUGAUGGCCUUGGCUGGGUUCCUGUGGGCAGCGGCCAUAUUGGUGUCGCCACAGACGUGUGCUUCAUCCGACAACGUCGUAGAUCUUUCGUCAAGGAACCUCUCCUCUGUCCCGUCCGACUUGCCUCACACAGCUACUGAAUUAGAUCUGUCAUGCAACCACAUACAUCAGCUUCAUAAAGGAGAUUUCAAAAGCAUGUCCCUCCUUCAGUUCCUGAAUAUGUCAUGGAACGGCUUGGAGCUGAUUGAGGCAGAGACGUUUGUAGACACACCGCUUUUAGACAAUCUGGAUCUGUCACACAACCUGCUGAGGAACCUGUCAGAUCAACAGUACCUGUCACAUACAAGGAACCUUAGAGUGAUGAACUUGGCACGGAACAAGUUUCUUAACAUGACCUUGGGAAGAGAGUUCAGUUUCUUGGAAAAAGUAGAGAAAUUAACACUUGAAGCAAAAGCCAUCAGCUUGGGGGAUUUCAAGAACAUUGCUAAGGUGAAGCUACAUUGCUUGACCAUUUCUCUGGAUGAGACAUUUGCUUAUGAGGCGACCAGCCUAAUGGAUAUUCAUGCUAAAAGAAUACAACUGGACCUAAAUGGUGGGCAAAUAAUCCAGAGUGAUCUGAUUGCCGACGCAUUCUCAUACUUUGUAGAAGUAGAGGUGAAGAAUGUAACUGGAGGCUACAAACAUAUAAAAACGCGGCUUGGUGAAAAACCUAAAAUCUCCACUUUCAGUCUUUCCACCAGCAACAUUGUUAUUGAGUGGAAAGAUUUAACCGAAUUAGUAAAUGCAACGCUGCGGACCUCUAUUGCCCAGCUAAGCGCCACUGAAAUAGUGAUUGAAAAUCUUCCUUAUAUAGACACGAUUCUGAAGGGGACAUCUUCAAUGCAGUCCUUCACAGUCAAACAAGCAGUUGUAAACUCCUUCUUCUUCUCUCAGGAGGCAGUGUACAACUUUUUCAUCAACCUGCCAGUAAAGCACUGUGCAAUUGUGGAGACAUCGCUAAUUCACAUGACAUGUCCAAAGCAUCAGAGUCCUAUCCUUGAUUUGGACUUCUCCUACUGUGCGCUGGCUGAUUCCAUCUUUUCCAGAUUUGAGGGUCAAGAAACAGUCGAAUGUGAGACUCUAAGUAAUGUAAAAAAACUCUCUCUGGUUGGAAACAAUCUUAAGAACCUUCAAGUAGUGAGCAAACGGUUGCAGUACAUGAAAUCUCUUCAACACUUGGACCUCAGUAUCAACUCCUUGAUGUACGAUGGUUCCUCUAAGUGUCGGUGGCCAAGUAACAUCACCCUUAUGAAUCUUUCCUCUGGAGGUCUAACAGAUGAUGUUUUUAAAUGUCUUCCAAUAGGGGUAGAAACACUGGACCUGCAGAACAACCAGAUUUCUGUGAUACCGUCACUUAUCCACAAAAUGGAAAAUCUCUCUUCUUUGAAUCUGACAGGUAACAGGCUGCGGGAUCUGCCAGUGUGUGUCGACUUCCCCCAAAUGACCGAGCUUCUGCUGGGGUUGAACUCUCUCCACGCCCCUACAGUGAACCACUUGAGCCAUUGCCCCAAUCUGAAAAUCCUGGAUGCAAGUUACAACCCAUUCACCUGUACCUGCCCUCUGAGGCACUUCAUCCGCCUUGGCAUUCAGAGCGAGUAUGAGCGAAGUCCCUCAGGCCUUACACUGCGAAACUGGCCAGAAGGUUACCACUGCAUUUACCCAGAAGAAGUUAGAGAUUUGAUGCUAGAAAGCUUUUGGAUUCCUGAGAUCUCCUGCAGCGCCAGUCUUCUAGCAGCCACCAUCCUUGUUCCUUCGGUGGCACUGAUUGUCACCAUUUUCGUUCUGUGCCGACGUCUAGAUAUUCCCUGGUACAUGGGUAUGAUCUGGCAGUGGACCAGAGCCAAACAUCGAGCAAGAAUGAGGCAGCUUCGACCUGAAGACCUGGUGGGCAUAGAGUUCCAUGCUUUUGUGUCUUACAGCCAGCACGAUGCAGACUGGGUGAAGAAUUCCCUACUUAUCAACCUCGAAGGCCCUGCAGGAGGGCUCCGAAUCUGCCACCAUGAAAAAGACUUUGUACCCGGUAAGACAAUUAUGGAGAACAUCAUCACCUGCUUGGAGAAAAGCCGCCGCUCAGUGUUUGUGCUCUCUGCUCACUUUGUCAAGAGCGAAUGGUGCCAUUAUGAGCUGUACUUUGCCAGCCACCAACGUCUUUCUCAGGGCUUGGACAGUAUCGUGCUGGUGCUGCUUGAGCCACUGCCCCAGUACCUUAUCCCAUCCAAGUACUACCAGCUUAAGUCCAUGAUGAACCGACACACCUACCUGGAGUGGCCUCAGGACAAAGCCAAACACAGGCUGUUCUGGGCUAAUCUCAGAGCUGCUCUGCAGACUGACCUGCCAGUGGUUGAUAAAGAGGAAUAACUCUUUAGCCAAUUGUUAAAUUAAAGGAUAUCACUGAAUUUAUGGUAGAUACCGUUAUCCAUGUUAUGGUUCGCUUUAAUGCAUUAAAAAAAAA